UGGACCGCCUUUGUCGGCUGGUUCAUUCGCUAAAAUCCCGUCUUAGAAGAGCGUUUAUAGCUUCACUGUAUUGCUGACGUUUAGCUGGACAUACUUAAAUACCAGUGACAUGGAUACGCAUUGUGUGGAUCGUCUCUGUUAACCUGACUGAAUUCUGGAUUAAUAUUUUUCCCAAAAUGGAACAAAAGGAGUACACAUCAUGGCGACUGAACUUGGCAUUUCUGGCGCUGUCGCUGUUAUUCUGGAAAGGGGUCCUAGCGCAGAUACGAUACUCAAUUCCCGAGGAGCAGAAAGACGGCGCUGUGGUUGGAAAUGUCGCGAAGGAUUUGGAUAUUGAUCUCAGAACAUUAAAAGAACGAGGGUUUCGUAUCGUGUCAACAACAGGCGAGUCUCCUUUCAAGAUAAGUCAGUAUGACGGACUCUUGUAUGUCAACAGAAAAAUAGACAGAGAGGGGGUAUGCGAGAGAAGCACGCCUUGUGUGAUUAAUAUAAAAAUAGCUCUUGAAAGUCCUCUAGAAAUUCAUUACGUAACAGUUGAGGUUAUGGACAUAAAUGAUCAUGCCCCGAUAUUUCCCGAGAAAGAAAAGCGUUUGGAAAUAGCAGAAAAUGCACUCUUGGGCGCACGCUUUCAGCUUCAAGCAGCACGCGACCCUGAUGGUGGAAUUAACUCGGUGCAAGUUUAUAAACUGAGUCACAGCGAACAUUUUCGAAUUGAGGUUAUAGAUCGUGGUGCAGAUCGAAAGAUGCCAUUUCUAAUUUUGCAGAAAGCUUUAGACAGGGAAACCAAGCCAAAUCAUAAAUUCCUUCUUACUGCGUUGGACGGUGGCAAACCCCCGAAAUCUGGAUCUAUGGACAUAACCGUGGAUGUCAUAGAUGUAAAUGACAACAUGCCGGUUUUUACAAAAGACACGUAUUCUGUGAAGCUUAGCGAAAACGCACCGAUAGGUACAACGGUGAUACAGGUAAAUGCAACCGACUUGGAUGCUGGUCCAAACGGUGAAGUAUUUUACAUUUUUGGCCAUGAUGUUGACAAUGAUCUACGCAGUCGCUUUGACUUAGAUCCAGUUUCAGGAGAAAUAAUUGUAAAGGGACAGCUAGAUUUUGAGGAGAGAGACCAGUAUGAGAUUGAUAUUCAGGCAUCGGAUAAAGCACCUGCACCUUUAACAACAGAUAAAAGCGUACUUAUACAAAUUGUUGACGUAAAUGACAAUGCGCCAGAGAUAGAAGUGACGUCAUUUUCGAGUACAAUACCGGAGGAUUCCAAGACGGGAACUACAGUAGCCUUAAUUAGUGUGAGUGAUUUAGACUCGGGAGUGAAUGGUAAAGUAUCCUGUUCCGUACACGAAGACGUACUUUCAAGUUAACGCAGUCCUCACAGGACACAUUUAUUCAUUGAUAACCGCAUCAACACUUGAUAGAGAGAAAAUAUCUCAC